AUGUUUGAAUGGCCGCCUAACAACAACGUCAACAAGAAGGCUUCUUCUGGGGAGAGGGUCGGACGCGUUAUACAGCAUGGGGAUUCUAGAAAACAAUGAUAUAUCGGAAGACGAUUUUGUGGUCCUGCUAGAAGACCGUGCAUUUGUGGAUUAUUUCAACAUAUAUCUAAGUCUACCGAUAUUUGGACAACACGUGAUCUACAAUUUCAUAGAAAGGGCGUUCUCUUAUGAACCACCAAUUAGAAAGAAGAAAAAUCUUGUGGACCGGAGAGAAGUAGUAUAUUGGUUAUACACAAAGAGAUACCCAGGCUUUUCCAAAUCGACUUUGUGUACAGAGUACAUGCUAAGCAGUAAAAUUCGUGAUGUAAACUUAAAUCUUCCAGGUAAAAAUGUUGACGAAGCUGACGAUCAGGCAACUCUUACCAGAAACAUUCUAGGAAAUGCAGUCGGUAUGCAGUUAUUUCGUGAAUCCCUAAUAGGCACUCCGGGUGAAAAAUGCUAUCGAUGCUGGCUUGACCUCGAAAGACAUCGGCGCAUGCCUCAAGGGGAGCAACGCCAGAGACUGAUGCUAUACAUAAGGAAUAUUUACUUGGCAGAUGGCGCUAUACAUGAACUUAAGACUGCUGGAAGACACGCUGCGUUUGAAGGAAAACUAAAUUUUGAACUUAUCCCAGAAACAGAAAUACAGAAUCAGCUUAUUGAAGAUUUUGGAAGCGGAAAUGUAAUCUACCGUAAAAAUUCAGACGAUGCCUUCCAGCAGCUUCAACGUUUGAUAUUAGCAGCAUUGAGAAUGUAUUGGGUGCCCAGAUACCUAUUGAAUCUUCUCAAAACUGUACCAAAGCAAUAUCUGGCCGUUCUGAAGCGAGGAACUCCAUAUGAUCAACGUGCACUACAAGAACAGCGGCAAAUGACUUGUAAUUUAAUGUUUCCAAACAUAUAUCACGCGGAUUCAUCACCGACGAAAUUAAUCGAGUCGAACAUUGACGGUGAAAUGAAAAACAUACGGAUCAAACCUUUGUCAGCAAGGUCUGAUAAACCUAGGACACAAUAUACUGGUUCCAGUCUUUCAGACAGAAUGUCAUUAGAGUCCUGUAGUAUACCAGAUGAUGGAGAGGAUGUUAAAAUUAGCGAUUUUCUUUCAAUAGCUGGAGGUGGAAGACUAGAAUACGUCGAGCCUAAAGAAUCGAAAUCAAGUGUCUCAUCACAAGAAUUUGAUUCAUUGGAUUUUGGCAGUUCUGAACCAAGGACAUGUUCUUCUGAAACCGUAGAAUUACGGACGACAACUCCUUCGUUUACUCUUAUACGUCCAACCCUAAGUAUUCCCCCAUCCUUAGCUACAUACAUUAGUGGUAAAAACCGUAUCAAGAAAGACCAGAAAACUAACAGUAAGGUGAUGUUUGCUCUUGCCGCGGACAAUUUGGCGGGAAAUCCAUUACAGUCGUUCUUGAACCGUUCAGGAAAGACUAGAGACGAAAAAUUGCUCAAAUUGUGGACCGAUGUUCGACAGUAUCUAGAUGCCGACGACUCACACCGAGACGAAUUUGGUCAUUCUAUAAAACAAAAUUUGGCGCAGGUCAUCUUCAACCAAUAUCUUGUAAACGGCAGUGACGAUUUGUUGCCUGAAAGCGUGAAAAUGUCGAUAUAUACCAGUUUAUCGCGACAAGAUGAUGCAACUUUAUUAUGUUUUGUCCAGGACUUUGUCACAGGGAGUUUAAAGGACACGUGGAAAUUAUUCAUGUUUGCAGAAAGGAGAGCUUUCAGGAAAAAAGUGGUUGGUAACCGCCAUUUUGACAGAAACGUUUUGGAGUAUCCACCAAAUAUGGACAAAGAUCCGGAUGAUCCACUCCUGUUUAUCAAUACAUCGCAAGGUAUCAGUCCAGAGAUGUUGUCAAAAGAUUACCGUCCUAAGAGUGGGUCCAUGUCAGACGAAAGACCAUGGAGCCGCAUGUCCGAUAACUUACCAGUGGCGAUAACGGAUGAGCAGAUCAUGAAAGCAUUUGAAUUCACUGUUAUAUUGGCUGAGUACGGGAGACCCGGGAUGUUUACGUACAAAAAACCUACGAUAGCUGAUAUUUUGGAUGUUCUCUACAGUGAUUUUGGCAGUUUACAUAUUAACAAAGUACAUCCGAAAAGACACCCAUUCCUUUACAACCUUAUGAACAAGCCAAAGAUAGAUAUAGAAAACCUGAAGGUGUCACGACAGGUAUUAUUAGACAGGCCAACGAUAAUCGAGAACGAACCACCACGGAACACUAGACUCGUGCUAAGAAGAGACGGUCUCUUGAUUGAAAGGCCAUCCAAACCAAGAUCUUUUAUGGAAGUGCUGAAUUCAGCCUUGCAUUUAGAUUUCUUCAGAAGAUUUAUGGCAAGUUUUAAAACGCCAUAUCCUCUUGCCUUUUGGAAAAAUAUUGAGGAACUCCGUGAAAUGCCACCAGGUCGCCUGCGUCAUAAUAUGAUCAGUAACAUUAUCAGGAAAUAUUUCAGCAAAAGUGCAAAGCAAGGUGCUUGGUUAGACUGUAGUGACGAUAUUAUAAAACAGAUUCCUUCCAUGGAAAAAGUUCCGUUAAGUGUUUUAGUAUGUGCUCAAGCUAGUGUGUUCAGAGCCAUGGAACGAAAAUGGUAUCCUAAAUACCUGGAAACUUUCCCACCCGAUGCAGAUUAUGAACCAGAAUUCAUUGCCCCUACUGUUAAAGAAGAACCUAAGCCAAGGGUUAGAAGAGUCAAGAAAAAACGAACGCUAUAUCUAUGGACUAGCUUUCUAACUACGAUUUGUACUUUCCUGAAGUCAAUGAAAGACAAAAGAGAGGUUCAACUCCUAGAGCUAUAUAUGAGGAAAGAAAUUCGCCGAGAAGCCAAAAGACAAAUCGACAAGCAAAAUGAUAACCCGUCAAAUAAAGCUGUCAAUACUGGAUCUAAUACUCAGUUCCAAACGAGAAUUGUGUUAAAAAAUCGACUUGUAUAUAUGGACAAAUUACCAAUGGAUCUGAAAUUUUGGUGUGAAGUUGCAAGAUAUGUUGAAAUGGUGGAUUAUAUCCGUAGUCUCGGUCACUUUUCCCGUGACAACCAGGACUUUUUGUACGAGAAAGCAAAAACAAUUGUAAACUAUUAUGUAGCCUCUGAUAUACCACCUAAAAAUCAGCUCAACAUUUCCACUGACUUAGCAUCACAUAUGUCUUACUCACUGGAAAAAGAUGGACCGACCAGAGGACUCUUUCAUGAUGCAUUACUCAUAAUAUUCCCGCUAGUUUACCAUUACUGGAGACAAUGUCAGAAGGAUUGGAUGAAAAAUCAUACUGCAGCAGAGUUAAUGGAGAUGAUAGAAAAAGAAGAAAAAGCAUGGGAAAGACCACACACCCCACACAAAUAUGAAGAGGUUCCGGACUAUCUUCGAGUUAGAGCAUCUCAAAUAAAAGUCGCCACACAAUUCGUUUCCGGUUAUAUUAUUGAUGACGAUCAGUGGAUAAUUAAUUUUUCACUUGUUGAUGGCAUGCGAAUUCUACUUCCUCAACCUAAAAACGUAACAAAACGAGACCGAAAAGGAAGCAUAGCGGCAAGACGAACGAGUCUAAUGGAGAAAGGUUCCCAUAAAACUGUUACCGGAAGUGAUUCUAAAAUGAGUGAUUCUUCACACAAGAAAGAAAAAACAAAGGAUAAGGACAAAAAUAAACUGAAAUCAAAAUCAAGAAAGAAAAUGGAUGCUCUAACAGAGGAAGCAGAUUCAAGGUUAUCGUCACAAACCGUUAAACCAAGCAAGUCAAGGAGCUCGCUUACACCAGCAGAAGGCAAAGGGAAACUUGUAGAUGAACUGGUGGAGCGAUCGUCCAACUCACCGAGUCGUCUUAGAAAAAUAGAUGACCUUGUGUCUGCAGCAGUACAAGAGGACAUGGAUCAACACUUAUUUGGAACCGAAUGAAAAAUCAUCAGACAUAAUAAACAUACUAUUCUUAA